CCAAGCCAGUGUUUCCCCUGAUCCAUUCAUUCCAUAUAUUUCCUCAAUCACGAAAAACAAAUCCUUACUAAACUUAGAUCAAACGACAACAGAAGAAGCCGAUUCAAUCUUCUGAUAAUUCGAUUCAGAACGCCAUUUCUGUAAGCAAUCGAAUAUGGUUGUUUCGGUUUCUCGGACGGGAAGGAAUUUGCAGCGCUACAACAAAGGUCACCGCCUCGUCGUAGGAUGCGUGCCUUACAGAUUCACCAGAAAUGGCGGUGAGGUGGAGGUCCUGAUGAUAAGUUCACUGAAGAAAGGCCGAGAAACAAUGAUGUUUCCAAAGGGAGGCUGGGAGCUGGAUGAAUCUAUUGAAGAAGCAGCUUCCCGUGAAUCUUUUGAAGAAGCCGGAGUUGUUGGCCUUCUUGAGAGUGAGUUGGGGAAAUGGAGAUUCAUGAGCAAGAGCCGGGCAAUCCAUCACGAAGGCUACAUGUUCCCUUUGCUGGUCACAGAACAACUUGAUCUCUGGCCCGAGAAGAAUAUGCGAACAAGAGCCUGGAUGUGCGUUGACGACGCUAGAGAAGUUUGCAAACAGAUUUGGAUGAAAGAAGCAUUGGAUAUGUUAGUUGACAGACUCAAAUGUGAUAGCCUUAGUAGGGAGGCAUCACCAAGGAAUAGUUCAGCUCUGUAAAGAUCUCUAUAGUAGAUAGGCCUAAAUAGAAGCAAUGUUUACAAGUCUACUUCUUUUAUUUCUGUUUCUACUUCUUUUCUUAAUAAGUUAAUUUCUUGUGGAAUUAAAGUUUUGUACAUAUGACAGUUUUACAUAGAAUGUUUUUAACUAGACUGAAAUUUUCUAACAUGUAUGAUUUGGUAUGGUCUGUUUUAGUCCGAUUGGGUCUAUUUUGAACGGGUCACUUCUAUAUAAAUUGGUCUUGUGUGAUAUGACAGGAAUAAAUAUUUUUUAAUAUAAAAGAGCGGUUUUUAU